AAGUAGAACAUGAUUAUUUGAUUAAAUCAGGAAGUGAUAGAAGAAUUCUGUUUGUUUGUUUAAUUUAUUAACGCUACUGAAUUUUUAAUGCCCAUUAUAACUCUAGAGAACUUCUUCAUGUAUUAUUUUUCAUUCAAAAAAGCACGAAAUAAUUGCACACUACAUUUGUGAAAUCUCAGUCUAUAUAUGUAAAAGCAGAAGAAUAUUCUAUACUGUUUCUAUACUGUAGGAACUGAAGAGUACUUUAUCCAGCUGAAAAUAUUGAAGAAGUCUAGAUGGACAUAAGCAUUUUAGAUUAUGGUAUUUUAUAUGAAAAACAGAUUCUCUUAUAGUGAAGAAUGACACUAGCACCCCUUACAUGUGAUAAAAAAUCCAAAUGUGUAUAUGAAUCAACUGUUUUUCUGGCCCAGAAGCAAACAUGCUAUGAAUUGAAUUUUGCUGGAAAAAGUAAAGCAGCAAAAUUAUCUUCUGUGAGAAGAUAGGCAGAUGCUUUUUGUUGCUUUCCGAAUCUUUAGGGUUACUUAGAGGCAAUGUUGUGUAUAACAUGUUCUAAUCAUAUUAUGCUAUUUCUGUUUGAAAUCAUUUAUUUCCAGUCCUUUAAGGAAGAUUCUGCUAGUGCUUAAUAAGCUCUUCAGAAGAGAUAGACAGGGAAGGGGGGGAGGUGGAUGUUGCCCUCUAUAUUAGGGAAAGAUUUGAUUGUGAAGAGAUGCUUCUGAGAAAAAGCUAUGAACAGGUUGAGAGCUUGUGGGUGAAAGUUAAGGACCACACCAAUAAAAAUCACCUUUUGGCUGGGGUCUGCUACAGGUCACCUGAUCAAGGGGAGCCUGUGGAUGAGGCAUUCUUGCUUCAAAGCUGGGUGACAGAAAUGCAUGAAGAUGAUCUUAAACCACAGUUUUUGGGGACAGACACGCUGCUUGAAGGACAAGAUAACUUGCCGCCUAUUCGUUGUUCCAGCAGCUGUCUUCCUGCUAAUCAGAAUGAAAAAGUACAAAACAAACAAAGAAACAAGAAAAACAUACCACGGGAUUACAGCGAAUGGGACAAGUUUGACGUGGAAAAGGAGUGUUCUAAAAUUGAUGAAGGAGGUGAAGAAAAUAACUCAAAAUCAAGAUUCUUUAAUAGGCCAAGUCUACCUCUCAUUGAAAAGAAAAUAGACACAACUGGCAUGACAAAGAAAGAGAAGAUCUUUAUUGCUACUCGUGAAAAAGAAAAGGGCAACGAAGCUUUUGCCAGUGGAGACUAUGUGGAAGCAGUGACAUAUUACACUCGGAGUAUAUCAGUACUACCCACUGCAGCUGCAUACAAUAACAAAGCUCAAGCAGAAAUAAAACUUCAGGACUGGGACAGUGCUUUGCAGGAUUGUGAGAAGGUGUUAGAUAUGGAACCUGGCAACGUAAAAGCUCUGAUGCGCCGUGCCACUGUUAACAAUCAGCUGAAGAAUUACGGGACUGCUAUAGAGGAUCUGAAUAAAGUAUUGUGCAUUGAACCAGAAAACGCUGUAGCUAAGAAAAAUCUGCUGGAGACUGAAAAUAAACUGAAAGGUUUAAAGCCUGUAUCUAAGACUGAAAGCAAAGGAAAAAGAAUACUUAUUGAAGAGAUAGAGGAUUCAGAAGGUGGUGAAGAAAGAGGAGAAAAUGCAGAGGAAUGUGGAAGAAGUAGUGGAGGUAAAGGGCGCCGGCAGGCAGCCGGCCCGGCCGCCAUGGGCAGCGCGCAGAGGAAGGCGCACGGCGCCAAGGCCGAGGGCAAGGAGCAGCGCAGGGACCCCGCCGGCACCGCAGACCCCAAGGGCACGGCUGAGGAAGGCGCGCAGAAGCCGGAGCAGCAAGGUGAAGCCGAUGGCUACUCGAACGGAGAAGGAGCGACGGGGAGCCCCGCAGAGCAGCAGCCACCCGGGGCGCACGGGGACGGGUCCACCUCGCUCCCGCCGGUAGCAGCGGCACUGAAAAGGGAAGGAAACGAGUUGUUUAAGGGAGGACAGUUCGGAGAAGCUGUGCUCAAAUACUCCGAAGCCAUUGAACACGUCGUCGGUCUAGGGGAACAAAUUCCAGAUGAUUUAAGUAUCCUGUACUCGAACAGAGCAGCGUGUUACCUCAAAGAGGGCAACUGCAGUGACUGCAUUCAGGAUUGUAACAGAGCUCUGGAGCUUCAGGCAUUUUCCCUUAAGCCUCUCCUACGACGAGCAAUGGCAUAUGAGUCCAUGGAGCGGUAUCGACAGGCAUACGUUGAUUAUAAAACAGUUCUACAAAUAGACAGCAGCAUACAAGCAGCAAAUGAUAGCGUUAAUAGAAUAACAAAGACUUUAAUUGACCAGGAUGGCUCUAGUUGGAGGGAGAAACUGCCACCGAUUCCAGUUGUCCCAGUCGCUGCUCAGCUACACAGGUGGGAUGGAGGAAGUUUUACUUCAGGGGUUAAGCCAAGCAGUACUACAGAUACCAACAGAGAAGAACAGUUGCAGAUGAAUCGUAAGAAAGCAGAGGAAGAGUUCAAGACAUUAAAAAACGAAGGGAAUGAUUUUGUAAAGAAUGGUAAAUACGAAGAAGCUGUAAAUAAAUACAGUGAAUGCAUGAAGUUAAAUGACAACGAAUGUACAAUCUACACUAACAGAGCUCUCUGUUACUUGAAACUGUAUAAAUAUGAAGAGGCUAAGCAAGAUUGUGAUCAUGUUCUUCAAAUAGAAGAUUCUAAUAUUAAAGCUUUUUAUAGAAGAGCACUAGCGUACAAAGGAUUACAGAAUUAUCAAGCCAGCAUUGAUGAUCUCAACAAAGUCCUUCUAAUAGAUCCAAAUGUUCUUGAGGCAAAAAAUGAACUAGAGCAGGUAACCCAACUGCUUAACCCCGGCAGCAGCGCUGUAACUGGCAGUCUACAAAAGCAAAGGAAGAAAAUAACCAUACAAGAGGUGACUGAAUCUGAUGAACAGGAAGAGAGGCAGUUUGCUACAUCAGAAGAUGUGACUGAUGAUGAUACUUCUAAAGAAGCGGCUCAAGAGAGCAAGCCGUUGAAGACCUUUGAAAAACUGACGAUUUCCGAACCAUCUAAUGCUUACGACUUCGGUCAGAUUAUCAAUGUAGUAAAUGCCAAUAAGGAUAAAGUUGCUUGUGCAGAUCUUCUAACAAUUACUGAUCCAAAAAAAUUACCAGUGCUGUUAAGUAACAAACUUGAAGUAGAGACCUUUUUGAUUUUUAUCCAGUCAUUGGAAUAUUAUGUACUUGGAAAAGAUCCCAGUCUUGUAUAUCAGCAUCUUUUCUACUUGAGCAAAGCAGAAAGAUUCAAGGUGGUGCUGGGCCUUCUUAGCAAAAACGAAAAAGAACAGGUUCAGCAACUGUUUGACUUGCUUGGAGAAAACCAGAAUCAUCAAUGCUCUUCGGAAGAUCUUGAGGGACUUAAAAAGGUUUAUGAACUUUAAGAAAAACUUAAGUUAAAAUUUAUUUGUUGCAUGGAUAUAGCUGAUGUUUAUGAGAUAGCUGUAUAAACACUGCAGGCUUGAACAGGUUGAAGUGGGUCUUUAUGUGGACUGUUUGGAUUCUGUCUUGAUGGUAUAUGCACAUUUAAAACUUGCUGCUCUUUUGUAGUUGUACACAUUUUUAAUCUCUACAGUUUAAUGCAUGUCUUUGUGUUCAGUAACUGAGUUCAAGUUUGGCAUACUGAUUUGAUUUAGACUUAGAUAAAAUACAUAUUUUACAUUUGUAUAUAAUGUGAAAUAUCAUGAUGGUACGAUAGAUAACAGACUUUUAGUCAUCAUUUUGUGGGUUGUAUGUUCUUGUGAUAAAGAAGCGUCUUCAAGGUAAACGGGUCAGUUAGCAAUAGCUUUGCUAAAAUGAGUUUACCAAAAGUAUAAACAGUUUUCAGAUAAACUACUACAGACCAUCUGUUUCUUCACCAUCUGAUCUACACAAAACAGAUUUAAAUAUUUUGAUGCAGUACUGCUUAGCAGCAAAGGUGAAUGAAUAAUACAUUAGCUUGCCAUGGAACACUUUGAAUCAAAAUAAUUAAUUAUUAAAUGAAUGGAUAUGUUUUUUUAAAGGACGAACAAGCGAGUAAUUUUUAGUGCACAGACAAUUAUUUAUUUUCUCUGUGUGUAGGAUUGCUGGUUUGCACAGCUUUUAAAGUAAUAGUGGUGAAAAAGAGAACAAGUGGCUGCACUUAACAUUAAAAAUAUUUAACUCCGAGUUUUGUAAUCAGAUUAUUUAAAACACUGGAUAUUUCUGUUUGCAGACACAUUCGUAAAGCUAGAACUAAAACUGCUUUGUGGACCAAUGUGACUUUUGUUUUAUUUCAGGCAGUACUUAUGUUUUAUGUAUGAUUUAGACAAAGCUGCAUUUUCUCAAGACUAAGCUUAAAAGUUUUUUGAAUACCCCAAUGCCUUCUUUGCACACGUGAUAUAAAUCUCUAUCGAACUCACAAGCACUGCAGCAGUAUCAUCAUUAAGGAUGUUGUUCUAAAACUAUUUUUCUCAGAUGUAUAUUAAUUAAAAAUUAAAGUUUUAUUUCUUGAAAAGUU